UCAUUAGAGAAGUAAAAAGGUGAAUAGCAAUUAUAGUAAAAAGAAGAAAAGUGCUACAGAUAUCAAUUAGCACAAUGUACAGCAAUGUGAACAAGUGAAAGUAGCGCAUGUCCAUGGUCCACACCACCGGAAGUCAUGCCAUGACGAAACACUUUUUUUAAGACAAGGCCAUUCUAAAUUACAGAGCCCUCCCUCCUUUGGACCACUCACAUUGUGCUUCCAUGGCAAAACUGAAGCUUCUCCUGCUCUCCUUUCUCUUCUAUACCAUCUUCCCAUGUUUCUUCCACUGCACAUUAUCACUGAUCAAUCCCCAGGACAUGGAAAGUGAAGACAUUAACAUGGUGCAAACCCAGAGAGAUUCUUCCAAAAAAUGUGACUUCUCUGAAGGAAAAUGGGUUUUUGAUCAAUCAUACCCCCUCUAUGAUUCCAACUGUCCCUACCUCACCACUGCAGUUACUUGUCAAAAGAAUGGAAGGCCAGAUUCUGACUAUGAGAAAUGGAAGUGGAAGCCAAAUGGUUGUUAUAUCCCAAGGUUUGAUGCACUGGGUUUUCUGGGUAAAAUGAGAAGAAAGAGAAUAAUGCUGGUCGGUGAUUCCAUAAUGAGAAACCAGUGGGAGUCUCUUGUUUGCUUGGUUCAAGGAGUUAUUCCAACGGAUCGGAAAAGGGUGACCUAUAAUGGUCCUUUAAUGGCUUUCCAUGCUAUGGAUUUUGAGACAUCAAUUGAGUUCUUCUGGGCACCAUUGUUGGUAGAACUUAAGAAAGAGUCUAACAAGAAGAGAAUUCUACAUUUGGAUUUGAUUGAAGAUAAUGCAAGGUAUUGGAGAGGAGUUGAUAUUCUUGUAUUUGAUUCAGCUCACUGGUGGACUCACUCCGGUCAAACAAGCUCGUGGGACUAUUACAUGGAGGGAAACAGUAUCAUCACAAACAUGAAUCCUAUGGUUGCCUAUCAGAAAGGACUCAGAACAUGGGCAAGAUGGGUGGAUCUUAAUUUGAAUCCUAGAAAAACCAGAGUCAUUUUUCGAAGCAUGUCACCUAGGCACAACAGGCAAAAUGGCUGGAAAUGCUAUAAGCAGAGACAGCCUUUACAAUUUUUCAGCCACUUGCAUGUUCCUGAACCUCUAGUAGUGCUGCAAGGAGUAAUUAAGAGAAUGAGAUUCCCAGUGUACCUGCAAGAUAUUACAACGAUGACUGCUCUCAGAAGAGAUGGCCAUCCUUCAGUGUAUAGCAAGGCAAUGAAUGAAGAGAGGCAGAAAGCAGGCACAGGUCUUUCCUCUGAUUGCAGCCAUUGGUGCCUCCCUGGGGUGCCAGACAUUUGGAAUGAGAUGCUCAGUGUGUUGCUCUAACUAUGAUAUCAAUGAAAUCGCUAUGGAAAAUGCAAGAAGUCUUAAACAACUCAUCUUCAUAAGGGUUUAUUUUUAUAAUGUAUCUAGUGAGCCUCCAAGAACAUGGUUGUAUGUUUUUCAUUAUCAAUGUUAUCUGAUGGAUGACAUUAUGCUUGGUUUUCUA